CUUCAUGUUGCUUUUGUAGUCGUUCAUCACUCAGGUCCAAGAUCUCCAUCAAGUACAGAGAGAGGAUUGUUCUCUGGACAAAAUGAGAAUACAGGUCAUUUUUGGAGUCCUGCUGAUCUACAACCACGUUGUCAUGGGUUCACUGUUUCAGGAUCAUGUCUGUAGAUUUACUCAGAGUAAUCAGUGUUAUGUAGCUGUGGGACAACAACUGUACCUGCAAAUGCCGCUGGAGGAUGAGUUUGACCUAAAUACCACUAGUGUAAUUUUAAGAUAUAGAAAAACCCAAAGUUCCCCACCAACACCAAAUCACUCAAGAUGGCAGUUUGUUAAUGAUAGUAAAACUAUGAUACUAACCAGUGCAGAGAGGAAUGACUCUGGAACAUACACUUUAAACAUCUUUGAUGUAGACGGGAGAAGUAAAGGCAAUUCUACUCUCCAGGUGAACAUUGAAGCUCAGGUGUCCUCAGUGAAAGUGUCCUACAGCUGCUUGUCCUCUGGAGUCAUGAAAGUGACCUGUUCUGCUGAUGGAGACAACCUUCACUUCAGCUGGACUUCUGACUUUAACACACUCCCUCAACUGGAGAACGGGACCAGCACUGUCACACUGGAACAAGACCAACAAGGAAACAUCACCUGUCAUGUAGAAAAUCAUGUGAGCCGUGACCACGAUACUGCUGAACUCCACCAAUGUCCUGGUUCACUGUUUCAGGAUCAUGUUGUCUGUAGAUUUAAUCAGAGUAAUCAGUGUUAUGUAGCUGUGGGACAACGACUGCACCUGCAAAUGCCGCUGGAGGAUGGGUUUGACCUAUUGUCCACCUUGUUAAUUUUAAGAUAUAGAAAAACCCAAAGUUCCCCACCAACACCACGUCUCUCAGGAUGGCAGUUUGUUAAUGAUAAUAAAACUAUGAUACUAACCGAAGCAGAGAGGAGCGACUCUGGAACAUACACUUUAAACAACUUUGAUGUAAACGGGAGAAGUAAAGGUAAUUGUACUCUCCAGGUGAACAUUGAAGCUCAGGUGUCCUCAGUGAAAGUGUCCUACAGCUGCUUGUUCUCUGAGGUCUGGAAAGUGUUCUGUUCUGCUGAUGGAGACAACCUUCACUUCAGCUGGACUUCUGACUUUAACACACUCCCUCAACUGGAGAACGGGACCAGCACUGUCACACUGGAACAAGACCAUCAAGGAAACAUCACCUGCCAUGUAGAAAAUCAUGUCAGCCGUGACCACGAUACUGCUGAACUCCACCAAUGCAUUGAUUUCAUGAUUGUGUUUGUGCUCAUGUGGCUCUUUGAGGUCAUCAUCCUGCUGUCUGUGUUAGUGGGCACACUGUACAUUUACCCCAUAAUCUCCAGGAAACAGAGGACACCAGAGAAAAAGCCAGGACCAGGAAGCUCUGUAACCCUGAACAAGGAUUAGAAGAGGCAGCCUGUGGCUGAUCUCCUCUAUAUGAGCAGGCAUCGCUCUCUGUCUCAUCCAGACUAAAACCUGAGAAAACUGUAACCAUUACCAUAACAGUGUAACAGUGCUAUCUGCUUACCGACCUUGCUAUUGCUCUCUGUUUUGGAUUAUUUGCUGUUUAAAAAAAUAUAUUAAUUCAGCCUCAUUAUUCAUAUAUCAUACUGAUUGCUAAUUUUGUUUGUUUUACUUCUAAUAUUCUAAAAAAAAUGUAAUGCUUUGAUGCUUCAAAGGAUUAAAUUUAAUACAAUAUUAAAGUUGUAAAUCUAAGCCUAAGUCUAUGUAAUGAAUGUGUAAAUGUUGAAAUAAAACCUACACACUGAUGUGUUCUAGACUGUUCUAUUGUCUCUACAUACUGUAGCAUACAGUUAAGGAGGAUCAGUGACAGGAAGAACGUCACCAAGUCAAGUUAAGGAGCUUUUAUUGUCAUAUAAAUACACAAUACACAAAAGACAAUACACAAAAACAGUGUAAAUACUGUAUGUUCAAUCAAUAUUACGUGUGCAGAAAUACUGGAAGGAACACAUUAGUAUCAAAGCAGCAGUUACAUGAGGUAUUGUAAGGUAUUGUAUUUUUUUAUGUUUUACUUCUAAUUUUCUAACCACAAUGUAAUGCUUUGAUGUAACAUGUAUUUUGUUAUGCGAAUCUAUUCCAUGCAUUACGGUAUUUUCUCCGUGUGUGGAGAGAGCGCUGAUUGGAGCAGGGAACAGUGUAAUGGAGAGCGAGAUCUGAAGCACUCGUCAGUAAAGACUCUGCAGUGAAAUAGUUGUCCGUGUCGUUCCUCUUAAUAGCAAACAUAACAGUUGCGACGAGGAUGAGAUAGGAUGCCCCAGUGCAUAGAAUGAGCAAGAAAAACUCCAAGAAAAAAACUGUAUAGAAGAGGAAAGUGAACUGUUGCGAGUUGAACGAAAGUGCAUAGAGGCUCGUUGAAGCAGGGCGACAUCUAGAGGACGAAAUGAUUACAACAGCCACGAAGGUAAAAGCCUGUCUGUUGACAUUCACUGUUCGUAAUUAACAACAAAAACAACAACAAAACAAAACAAAACAAAA